GGGAAAUCCCACUGACGUUCCUCAACCUCCCAGAGACGUACGUGGAGAGCUCGGCCCUCCCCGCGCUCAAAAGCAGUCGGCCCCCCGCACUGCAGACGUUUAUACCCCAGCGAUAGAACGUCCGCCCGGCCCCCACGAGCCUAAACCAGUCCUAGAGGAAAGAGUAACCCUCCCAGGUGUUUCCUCACCUGAAGGACGUUCCCGGGCAGAAGAUAUCGCUCUGCGCAUCACGGACGUUAAAUCCUUAAGCCAGGAACGCGACGAGACGACCUUCCAUAAUGAAACGGUCGGGGGGAAGGAGAGGACUACGCUGGAAAAGAUGGAGGCGAGGAGUGGGCCUGACUCGGGACCGAGAAACCCGGGUAGAGAGAGGUGCUCUGCCCAACGUCAAAGGACCUACACGGUGGAGAAGCCCUUCUCGUGUUCAGAAUGCGCCGGGCGUUUCGCCGACAAACCGAGUCUUUUCAGACAUCAGCUGGCUCACGCCGACGACGACACCCCGGAGGGCGACCGCACUUUCCUUUACGAAUCCACCGUCAUGGGGCGCCACGAAGUCCAUCUGCGAGCCAAGACGCUGAUCUCCUCGGAGUGCGGAACCCCCGCCGAAGUCUUCUCGUGCUCCGAGUGUGAGCAGAUUUUCUUUGACCGGCAGAGGCUCUUCAGGCAUCAGUUCCUUCACCUGCACAAUCCGCAGAAGGCCCACCCGUGCCCGGAGUGCGAGCGGACCUUCGCUUCCGAAGCGGGCUUGACCACCCACCAGAGGUCCCACAAGAAGACCCCCAUCGUCUGCGGCGAAUGCGGGAAAAGCUUCAAACAGACGGCGUCCCUGCUUCACCACCAGUGGACUCACACGGGGGUGAAAGCGUUCGCGUGCGAGUGCGGCAAGCGCUACACCUCGCAGUCGGCCCUCUGCAGCCACCAGCGGGUCCACACAGGGGAGAAGCCCUACGUCUGUUGUGAGUGCGGGAAGCGCUUCCAUAAGAAGUCCAUACUCAACUCGCACAUGAUGGUCCACACGGGGCUGAAGCCGUAUCCGUGCGCCGAGUGCGGGGUCUCUUAUUGCCACAAAAAAGACCUCGCGAAACAUCAGUUGACCCAUCAAAAAGAAAUCGGACGCCUUUGAGAAAUUGAGCAAAACGCUGCUUUAUUA